AUGGAUUUCUCCAGGUUUAGCAAGAAUCUCUCAGAUUUCAGCGCGCAAAUAACUCCAUUUGCAUCGCGCACUUUCCAGUUUACCAAAGAACAACUGGGACAGGCUGAAGACAGAACCCAGCUUCCUGCGGAUUAUAUUGACCUCGAGAAGAAGGUGGAUGCGUUGAAACAGGCACACCAGAGAAUGCUUGCAGUGACCUCUCAAUACACCACUGAAGCAUACGAUUAUCCUCCCAAUAUCAAAGAGACUUUCCAGGAUCUGGGUCGAACCGUGAGCGAGAAGGUCAGCCUCCUUUCUUCAGCUACAUCAACAGCGGAAGCACAGGCAGCUCUCGUGGCUCCGGCCUCUGCGAAGCCGCAGCCAAAAACCUUUAGCCAUGCCAUCUCUCGUGCGAGUUUGUCUAGCAGUCAGCUUCUGCACCAACAUCAUACAGGUGCAGGCGAAGAUCCUCUAGCGACCGCUCUGGAAAGAUAUGCGCUUGCUAUGGAGCGAGUGGGCGAUGCUCGUCUUGCCCAGGAUUCGCAGAUUCAAAGCCGUUUCCUCGCAGGAUGGAACACGACCCUCAACACAAACCUUACAUUUGCAGCACGCGCCAGGAAAAAUGUGGAAAACUCGAGAUUGACACUCGAUGCUGUUAAAGCUCGUGUAAAGGGAACAACCUUCAAGCUUGGUGGCCAAGCUCGGACUGAUCAUCCGGACGACACUGAGUUGAGCUCCGACGCCCAGGAGGAGAUUGAGAAAGCAGAAGACGAAUUUGUGACGCAGACGGAGGAGGCAGUUGGUGUUAUGAAGAAUGUUUUGGAUACGCCCGAGCCGCUCCGCAAUCUUGCUGAACUAGUUGCAGCACAAAUGGAGUAUCAUAAGAAGGCAUAUGAAGUUUUAAGUGAACUCGCGCCAGUUUUGGAGACUCUGCAGACGGAGCAAGAAGUAGGCAGCACUUCCAAAUUCUCAGCACUAUAA